AUGAGUUUCAAGGGCCUUCAGAAGGGGAUUGUCCGCGCGCCUCAACAACUGAAGGCAAAGUUCAACAUUGGCGAGCACACCAAAGACGCCGUCUACAUCGAUUCGGAGCGCCGGUUCCAGGAACUCGAAACCGAGACGAAGCGCCUCCACGAUGAGAGCAAAAAGUACUUUGAGGCCAUCAAUGGCAUGCUCUCGCACCAGAUCGAGUUUUCCAAGGCCAUGACCGAGAUCUACAAGCCGAUUAGCGGCCGCAUGUCGGAUCCCGAGACGCUCAAGGUGCAGGGCAAUCCCGAAGGCAUCCGUGCGUGCGAGGAGUACGAGGCCGUGGUCAAGGACCUGCAGGAGACGCUGGCGCCGGAGCUCGAGAUGAUCGAGAGUAGGGUAAUUGGUCCGGCGAACGAGCUGAUGGACGUCAUCAAGGUGAUCCGCAAGACGGCCAUUAAGCGCGAGCACAAGAAGCUCGACUACGAUCGCCACCGCGCCACCCUCAAGAAGCUGCAGGACAAGAAGGACAAGACGGCCAAGGACGAGAAGGCCCUGUGGAAGGCCGAGAACGACGUGGAGCAGGCGACCCAAGAGUUCAACUACUUCAACGACCUGCUCAAGGAGGAGCUUCCUAAGCUGUUUGCGCUCGAGCGCGAGUUCAUCCAGCCGCUCUUCCAGUCGUUUUACUACAUGCAGCUCAACAUCUUUUACACCUUGCACGAGCGCAUGCAGCGGGUAGAUAUCGGCUACUUCGACCUGACGCUCGACCUGGAGGAGGCCUUCCACAACAAGCGCGGCGACGUCCAGGAGCGCGCCGAGGCGCUCUCCAUCGUCAAGUUCAAAACGACGGGCCAGAAGCGCCCGCCCAAGUACGCUCCCAAGCGUCCCGGCGCGAUCGAGGCAGGGCCCAAGCCGGCCGGUCUGCUCACGGCAGGAACAUCCACCGCCGACGUGACAGAAAACACGUCGUCAUCACCGGCGUUGUCUCCCGUAGCGGCGAUAGCAGCAGCACCGUCCAAAUCCCCCGCGGUAUCCUCUUUCCGACCGACGUGGCGCCAGAGCCAGCAGGCGGACGGCGUCGAGAACCCGCCACCGCCGUACUCCGCCGCCCCGGUAUCCCCCGCGCUCGGCAGCCCGGGGAGCGCGUCGCUGGCGGCAGCGGCCGCGGCCAAGUCUAAGCCGAAGCCGCCGCCGCCGCCGAAGCCCAAGCCAAACCGGCUGUCGGGGGCGCCCAAAAUCGAGACGGUCAUCGCCCUGUACGACUACUCGGCGCAGGCCGAGGGGGAUCUUAGCUUCCGGGCGGGCGACGUUAUUGAGGUUAUCACGCGGACGGCGAAUGAGAAUGAGUGGUGGACGGGGAGGUUGCAUGGGAAGCAGGGGCAGUUUCCCGGUAAGUUUUCUCUUUCCUUUUCCUUUUUUCUUUCUUUCUCUCUUUUUUCCCCCUAUAUUUCCACGUUCCUUGCUCUGCUUUCCUGCGGGAGGGCUGCGAGAGACAUUGAAAGGGAUGAGAACUGA